GUUAAAUGUCCCAAUUGAAGUAUAUGUUGAUUCUCCUGGGAUGUAUAAUUGAAGUGAAGAUGAUGAUGAGGAGUUUAAUGUCCCAAGGGAAUUAGACCUUGACACUGAACAUGAGGGUGAUGAGGGAGACAGUGAGAGUGAUACUAGUGGGCUUGUAAUGUCUAGUGAAGAGAAUGAGGAGCAUGAUGUCCCUAUUGAAGAGGAGGUUUAAGAGAUUCAUGAGGUUCAAAAAAGGGUUUGUACAGGUUCUAAGUUUAUGGAUGACCUUUCUGAUGGUGAUAGUAGUGACACUGAACAAUUAACAUUUCCUAGUGAAACACAGGAACAUGGUGAUGGAGUUGAAUAUACUCAGUUUGAUGAGAUUAAGGACAUGGAUGAUCCUGAAGUGGUGAAAGGUAUAAUGUUCAAGAGUGUGUAUGAAUUCAGGAAAUUUCUUAGAGAGUACCAUGUAAAGAUAGGGUCUGAUUUCACAUAUGUCAAAAAUGACAAAGACCCACAGUAAUAUGCAAGGAAAAAUGUGGUUUUCGAAUUCAUGCAUCCAAUGAUGGUAACAAUACUGCAUUUCAAGUUAAGAGUUACAUAGGUCCUCAUGAAUGUGGUAGGAAUUAUAACAAUCCCAAGGUUUCAUCUGCAUGGUUGGCUACAAAAUACAUUGAUAAGCUAAGUGAUGAUUCUACACUGAAGGUCAAAGGGAUGAAAAACACUAUGAGGAGGGAAUGGAUGGUUAAUGUUUCAAAAAUGAAAGUAUACAGGGCUAAGAGAAAGGCAUUUGAAUUAAUUCAAGGAAACUAUGAUGAACAAUACCUCAGGUUAUGGGACUACUGUGAGAUGGUUAGAAGGCAUAAUCCCGGUAGCACAGCGAUGAUUAAGGUAGAAAGGAAUUGGCUUCAAAAUUCACCAAUUUUCCAGAGGUUGUUUGUAGUUUAUGAGGCCCAGGUUGGUGGGUUCCUUAAUGGAUGUAGGCCUUUGAUACAGUUAGAUGCAUGUUUUUUUGAAAGGUCCAUAUGGUGGUCAACUCCUAAGUGCAAUAGCUAGAGAUGGGAACAACCAAAUGUUUCCUCUUGCGGUUGCUGUUGCAGAAUCAGAGAACAAGAGUAGUUGGAUAUGGUUUCUUGAAAAUCUUGUAAGUGCCUUAGGAAGAUGUAGUGGGAUGGUGUUCAUAUCUGAUAGGCAGAAGGGACUAUUUGAGGCAGUGAAAAAGGUCACACCAGCCAAUGAACAUAGAUUCUAUAUGAGGCAUUUGUAUGCAAAUUUCAAACUAGGGGGUUUCAAAGAUAAAUAUGAAAAAGAUGCAAUGUGGGAGGCUGCAUGUGCAUACACACAACAGGGAUUUCAAGAAAAAAUGGAUGAAUUGAAGGCUUUGAAUGAAGCAGCUCAUAAAUGGAUGUUAGAUCAAAAUGUGCAAAACUGGGCAAGGUGGAAAUUCAGUGGUUUGGCUAAAUCUGCAGUUAUUGUUAAUAAUUUGGCAGAGUCUUUUAAUGAAAUGAUCAUGGAUGCUAGGGACAAGCCCAUAGUCACAAUGUUGGAGAUGAUUAGGAGGCAAUUCAUGGUGAGAUUUCAAGAGAGGCUGCAAUACAUUCAAAAGUUUAAGGGUCCCUUAUGUCCAUCAAUUCAUAAGAAGCUAGAGGGAAUAAAAAAAUGGGCAAAGGGCUGUCAGUGUCUGUACUCUAGAGGGAGGAUAUUUGAAGUUUUUAAUGAGUUAAAGACUUACCUUGUGGAUCUAGAUAACUGUAUCUGCACAUGUAGAAGAUGGGACUUGAGAGGAAUCCCAUGCAUCCAUGGUGUAGCUGCAAUUUAUACUGACAAAGGCAAGCCUGAAAAUUAUGUCCAUGAAUUUUACCAUAUCAGCACCUAGCUUAGGGCUUGGGAUAGACAGAUCUACCCUAUUCCUGAUAAGUCAACGUGGGUACAAACAGACUAUGAUCCCAUAAUGCCUCCUCCAUUGAGGAAGAAGGCUGGCCGACCCAAAAAAGCAAAGAGAAGAGUUGUUGAUGAGCCAAAGAACCCAAAUGCUAUAAGGAAGCAAGCUGAGUCUUUAAAGUGUGGAAAGUGCAGAGAAUAUGGACACAAUUCCAGAACAUGCAAAGCCCCAACACAAGUUCAACAGGCAAGAGGACGAGGUGGAGCUAGAGGUGGUGGAAGAGGCAAGGGUGCAAGUGGAGAUGGUGGAGGAAGAGGUGCAACUGGAG